CAUCAAUAAAAAUCAUAAUAAUCAGAUAAAAACUCUUUAGCUUCACUCCGAAGAUAUACAUCGUCAUUUGGCGGCGAUUUUUUCCUCUUAUUAUUUCUUCAAAUCUUUUCCAUUCCAAUUUGUGAUAAAAGCGAAAUUUCCAACUGCAACUUGCCUAUAUAUUGUAUAAAGUUCUACUCUAAACAAAGGGCAGCUCUAUUUAAGAAGCUGAAUUUUCAGUCAACUUUCUUGAAAUGAUAAGCACAAAUUCUUUCUUGUUUGUACUAAUUUGACGUAGUAGUAUAUUAAUAUUGUAUAACAUACUAUUUGAGUAUUACAAGUAUUUGAGUAUCCUUUUCUUCCAUUGUUUUUCUUCCUUUUAUCUUUUUGCAUGUGUGUUUUGAAGGUGGCGAAUUCAAGAGACGGUGUUUAUGACCCGAAAAGGGUCGAUGAGGUUUUUGGGUCGGAAAACGAGAGGCUGAACUCGAUCGUUUUGCCUACUUUCUCGGGGGUCGAUAGGGAGAGAGAGAUGUCGGUUAUGGUCUCGGCUUUGGCUCGAGUGGUGGCCGGAGAUGUUGGUGACGUGGCGGCCGAUGGUGGAGGUUCGUCGUCCUCGUCAGCAUGCAGCAAAAGGGGGCGCGAUGACGAAGGAGAUGCUAAUAGAGUUUAUAGGGCUAAUUAUGCUGAUUUUGCCAUUGGAACUAAUUCUUCUACCUUGGGACCAUCAUCAUCUUUAGAAACUAUGAAUUCAAGUCAAAUCAAGGCAAGCAUCAUAACAUCACCAGACUUAUCCUCAGUCUACACUUACCAUCCUCAAGAAGCCACAAACUCGUCGUCUAACCGAAAGUACAGAGGCGUGAGGCAGAGGCCGUGGGGCAAAUGGGCAGCCGAAAUACGCGACCCCCACAAAGCUGCCCGAGUCUGGCUGGGCACUUUCGACACUGCCGAAGAUGCUGCCCGAGCCUAUGACGAGGCUGCCCUCCAUUACCGGGGCAGCAAAGCCAAGCUCAAUUUUCCCGAGAACGUUCGCCUCCUCCAUCAGCAGCCCGUUAAUCCCGAGCCCAUCGUCCAGGGGCAGUUUGGUAAUUUUGGGUUUCAGGGGCAGUUUGGUGAAUUCGACUUGGCUCGGCCAGGGAUUUCCAUGACGCUCGAUGAUAUAGAGAGGCAUACGGGUUUUCUGGAUGAGUUGAUGGAUUUUCCGGCGGCCGAGAUGGAUGUCCGGCCAGCCGAUGGGAGACAGAACAGUGGCGGCCGUUGGCCUUCGUCUGGAUGAUAUAGCUAGCACGAGUUAUUAGUUGAAUGAUUCUUGAUUUUGUAUUGAGGGGUUUGCUAUUUAUUAUGAAUUGAUACGACAGCAUUUUAUUGCAUGGAUUAGUAGUGUUCAUUACCUGACGUCAUUUAAAUACGUCAGCGUACUUUUUUUCUAAGUUUGUCUUCUCAUAUAUUUCGAUAUAAUGAAUACAAAGUACAAAAUGUUGUCUUAAGUUUGACCGUAAGUCGCGUACCGAACUGCCAAUAUGCAUCUACACGUACACAAAAGCAGAUGAAGUAAAUUUGGGCUUUUCUUUUUCCUUUUAAAUUUGAAUCUCUUUUGUUUUUC